UGUCAUAUUUUUAAACGUGAAUCACAAACAACUUGUGGAUCGUAAAAAAAAAUAAAUGAUGCUACGAACAUCUGAAUCUUCACUAGUAUUAUAUGACGAGCAUAGAUUUUCAAGUCUUUAUUAUCAAAUAUACGUCACUGGGUAACACUAUAAAAUCAACAGACUCGUUCAAAACACUCCACAAUAUUUUUGCACUUCUCCGAUUCGCUUGUUUCAAACUAUUGUAUUAUUUUUUAUCAGUUUAGUUUAAAUAAAUAUUUAUCUAAAAUGGAAGAAGUUUUUGCAAAAAUUGCAUUCGUAGAAUUAGCUCCGGAUAUAAUAGUGCCAUAUGAAUGGCCCGUUGGUCGUAUCCAUGGCGUCGUAUUAAAAUCUGCGAAAGAGGUCAUUAUGCAGAACACUCAUGAGGAUCUAAUUUUGCAGGUGGAUGAUAUCCCGGCAAAGUUGUGUAGAUACGUCAGAAAGCACCGUUUCUACCAUGUUUUCAAAAAAAUAUCCAGAGAAGACAUGUGUGGUUGUUAUGUUUACGAUGUUACUUUGUCUGAAGAUCAAAAUAAAAGAAAAAUGGAGGAAUCCAACGGGACUAACUCUUGUGAUGACUCUAAACUGAGACGUAAACAUUCUUACUCCGAAGAUUAUACGAUAUCAUAUUACUACAUCCCUCACCACUCUAGACGGGAGCUGCUCAACAUAGACGCUAACGCUCAUGCGAUGCACCGAGGCACAAUGCGACACGUCAAGCGAGUAAGUCAACUAAAUCUCAAUGAGCGGGUUUUUCACGUGUAAGGACGGUGCUUCCAAACGGAAACCAGUUAAUAGUCUUA